GAUGAGAAACGUCAAAAUUAUAUUGAAAAAAUUAUGGAAUGUGACUUUAUUAUUUACAAUAUUAAAGAUGAUCACACUGUUAUUGAUGAUGCUUUAUGGAUACUGGAUCAAAUUCAUAAUAAUUUAGAAUCGUUUACAACACAAAAGAUAUUCAUUCUUAUCUCGUCUGUCCUAACAUGGUCUAAAAGUACACUUCCAGAUCCAGAUGAUCCUGAAAUGCCUUUUACAGAUGAUGAUUAUUUGAGGAGAAAAUCUCAUUCAAACUUCAGAGAGCAUAUAUUGGCUGAAAAAUCAGUUAUACAACAAGGAAAAACAAAUAAAUUAAAAUUACUUACUUAUGUUAUUGCUUGUGGCCUAACUUAUGGAGAGAAAGAAAAUGUAUUUCACCACUUCUUUAAGUCAGCAUGGAGUAAUGAAGAAUCUCUUGGAGUGCCAGAUGAUGGGAAUAAUAUUCUGCCUACGAUACACAUACGUGACUUAACCAGCAUAUUACAGUCCGUUAUGGAAUUGCGACCUGUCAAACAUUAUAUCCUGGCAAAAGAUGAUUCUCAAAAUACACUUCGUGAAAUAGUUAAAGCUAUUUCUACAAGUCUAACAACUGGUCGAAUUAAACCUAUCACUAAAGAAGAACUGUUAUUUUGUCGAGAUAUAACA